AUGUCUUCCGUCGGCAUCGCUGCAAACUCGAAGGAGUUUUGGAAAGGGACAGAUUUGAUCGAAAAAAAGCUCGUUUCGGUUUUAGACCGCAAGGUAGCAGCGUCUACGAAACAAGUUCUGUUGGAUAGAAUCGAAUUCAAAGAAGCUUCAAAACCAGAUCCAUUUUAUCAACAAUUAAAGAAGAAAUAUACGCCAUUAAAUUGCACUCCUGUUAACCAACACAAUAACAAUAAUCAAGGGCAAAAUACUCAGAAGAACAAGAAGCAUUUUGAGGCAAAUGGAAAAGUAGCCAAAGAUGAGCUACCGGCGCCAAAACAUGUGUUAUUUGAAAAAGACAAGUUCCAUUUGCAAUGGAAAACUGUUCGAAGUGUUGGCCCGGGUUUGUUUAAUCUCGGUAACACAUGUUUUUUAAAUUCGGUCCUACAGGUUUUAACAUACACGCCACCGUUAGUGAAUUACCUAGCAUCACAAGAUCACUCGAACACAUGUGAGUAUAAUUAGUCACAUUUUUGUGAUUAAUUUGGUUAAUUUGCAACUUUAUAUGUGACGAUAUUUUAUAGUUAGUAGUGAUUGACCAAGGUUGUAAAUUGCCAAGGAUGUAUGAUAAUUUGAACACCAGUAAUUAGUUAAUUAACCCAUUGAGCUCCAAGUAAAAUCGUUUGACGUUAGACAGAGUAAAUAAUAACGUUGGGUUAUUAGGGUUUACAAACUCAUCAGACCAUAUUCUUUUGUAUUUUUUCGGUUUUUAACUCAUCCAUAAUAAUUAUCUUCAAUCUAAAAGCAGGCAGUGGUAUUUGAUUUCUCCGGGGGAAAUGUGGGGUUGAAGGUUAUUACGGAAAAAUAAUAACCGGUUACCCGGUUUUACAUUUUCAAUUCAAGACCUGGCAUGAGUCUUGAAUUCGGGACUUGAAUUUGCAGGAAAACUCAAAACCCACAUCUCCUUUUCGACUAGAAAACGCUGCACGUCUCUAAGUCGAGAAAGAGACAACAGCCGUGUACCUCGGGUAUCGGUUUUUAUUAAACUGUAAAGACCUCGGCCCUUCGGCCCUCGGUCUUCACAAUUUAAUAAAAACCUCUCCCUUGGCUUUUAAUGUAUGCAUAUGCAGAAUGAACUGUACUGCAUCUUUAAAAUAACUAGUUUUUAAUUUCUUAAUAUUCUCAAUGCAGGUGCUAAGGUUGGGUUUUGUAUGUUAUGUGAGCUACAGCGACACGUACAGAGGACGUUUACACAUAGCCAGCAUGAAGCCAUCAAACCUUUAGCCAUUUUACAGAAAUUAAAAUGUAAGUCAACAUUCAUAAUUCAAUAAAACAGUUAAGUAUUUUUAAAGUUAGGUAUGUUAAAUUAAAGUGGAUUUAAAAACCCUUACACUCAAUUUCACGUAACUUUUGCCAAAAUAUCCUGAACUUCGUUUCAAAGUUUGCAAGUUCAUUUCAAAGUUCCAAAGUUUGAAGUUUCCAAGUUCGUAAAGUUCACAAACUAAGCAUUUGAUUGGCGUCUUUCAAUUCAUGGACCAAUCAGAGGUUGUGUUUACAAACUGGCUUGUGAAUUAUACUGUUGAACUUGUGAACUUCAAAACGAACUUCAGAACGAAGUUUGGAACAUUUUGGUCAAAGUUUUGUGAAAUUGACUGUAAUGAUAAUACAGCACUUAAAUUUAAUGAUACAAAUUCUCUUUACUUUCCAUUCAGAUAUUGCAAAACAUCUUAGAUUUGGUCAACAAGAAGACUCACAUGAGUUUCUACGUUACGUCAUUGAUGGAAUGAUGAAGAGUUGCUUGGCUGGAGUACCGGAGAAGUAAUUAUUUUGAUGUUCUUUGUUCAUGUUCAGAAGCUGACCAUUGACAUGAAUAUAUUUAUACAGAAUCUCAUUCAGUUGUCAUUUUUGUAUUUAAACAUAGUUGUUUUUUUGUCAGGUUAGAUGUGUAUACAAAAGCAACAACAAUGGUCCAUCAAGUAUUUGGUGGAUACUACAGAAGCCAAGGUAUCUUUUAUGUAAUCUUAUUUUUUGCAUUGAAGAUGAUCCAGGCUUUAUAUGAAUAGAAACUUUGCCAAAUUGAUGUCUUGACGUUUUUCCUUUGACAAGUAAAAUUGUCUGGUGUUGGCAGAGUAAAUAAAGAAGGGCAUGUUUAGACCUGGAAUAUACCUGAAACCCCUCCAUUACAAUGAUAUCUAAAAUUACCAUUUUACCAAAAUUACCAAUUACCACUUAAUUCCUCUCUGUAGUUACUUGUGAAAGGUGCCAUCACACGUCAAACACGUAUGAUCCACUUAUGGAGGUUUUGUUGGAUAUCAAGGUGAGGGAGUGAAUAUUGCAGUAUUACAGUCUGGUGGAAAUAUAAAACAGUACAAUAUUUUAUAUUUAUAAAUGUUUAACAAGUGAAUUAUUAUUUUAGCAUGCCCAUUCAGUGGUGAAUGCUCUUCACAAACUUAUUUCGGUUGAAUUACUAAACGGAGACAAUAUGUACCUGUGCCCAAGGUAAGUAUACAUUGUCCUUUUGCAGUUUAACAACUGCGCAAUGAUUUUAUGCCAUUUAAAUUAAGGCUCAUUUCCACUCAAGAAAAAUUUCCACAGACAGAAAAUUUUCCGAAAAUGACAUUGUUAUAGUUGAAAAUUUUCAAUUUUCCUAACAGAAAAUUUGUGUCCGCUAAUCACAUUUUACAAAAUUUUCUUUCUGCUGAAAAUUUUCCUGAGUGAAAAUGGCCCUCUAUAAACCCAUUGAGUGCCAAUGCUCUCCCCUUGACGGGUAAAAUCAUCUGGUGUUAGACAGAGUGAAAUAAUAAAGCAGGAUAGUAGGUACAUUAGGGUGCAAGACAACUCAAUGGGUUAGCUAGACACAUGACCAGAUAGUCUGAUUAACCCAGUGAGUGCAAGACUGAGAAGUAAAAGCAAGUACUGACAAGUAAAAUGUUAGACAGAGUAAAGUUAUAAAACAGGGCACAUUAGGGUGCGAUGCAACUCAGUGGGUUAAUUAUAGACAUACGAGCAGAUAGCUUCAUGGCAAGGCUGGAUUUUGGUGGAAAUAGUGGGGGAGGUGGAAAAAAAAUUAGAGGAGGUGCAGUGGUCUAGCUCACAACUGCCAUGGGAAAUUAUGGCUUAGAAUGGGCCAAAGUCAAUGACGUGACAUAUGCAUGUAGUGUACAUAUGUAUCAGUGUAUUAAUGAACUACUAUAUGACUGUACAACUCAUUACAACUCAUUACCCUUCAUUACAAUUACUACAAAAUUUCUUUCAAAACAUUGCAUUGAAAGAGUACUUGACACAGAGAUGAAUGGCUAUCACUGUUUCAAUUUUACAGAAAAAAACUUUCUAACAAAGUGUAGACCCUAAGCAACCAAAAAAUGUCAAAUUUUUACUUUGAUCUAUCAUUGAAACUUUCCCAAUGCAACUUAAUGGGUUAACGACUUGUCAAUAUGAUUCCAAGAAUGUUAAAAUACCUUGUAUGAAUUUUUAUCAUGCCUGCAAAAAUUUAUUUCUACUACAAAUUUGUCAAUUCAUCUUAUAGGUGCAAAAAGAAAGUUCCAGCAAAGAAAAAUUUGAGAGUCCAUCAAGCGCCCAAUGUUAUGACAAUGUGUUUGAAGAGGUAAUUUAUAUCUGAUCUCAACUUUUACCAUUCUGACUUGGUUAGAAAAAACACCCAAAUUGAGUGUGAAUUCACUGUUUGUAUAUUGUAUUACCAUAAAUGUAUCUUAUCUUAUAUUGUAUUACCAUUUAAGAUCUGUUUGUGCUGUUUUUAGAUUUGAUAGCCAUUCCUUGUUUGCAUCAAAAAUCAACAAAGAAAUUAGUUACCCGGAGCAGCUGAAUCUACGACCUUUUAUGAGCAAAAACCAGGGUCCGGCUGUUCAUUACAAGUUAUAUGCUGUACUUGUUCAUUCUGGUUAUUCAUGCAACUCUGGCCAUUAUUAUUGUUUUAUCAAAGCAGCCAAUAAUCAUUGGUAUCAAAUGAAUGACUCUUCAGUAAGUUUGUCCAUAAUUUCAUGUUCUCAAAGAGAUACGUUCCCGACAAGCAGGUACUGAUUAGUUCUGCAUCAAGUAGGCUUUUAGCCAGGAUCCUCAAAGAGGGCAUCCAAUUUUGGUAUUAUGACACAUUCACAGUAGGGGGUUCAAUAAUACAUAUUCCUCUGGAAAAUCAUUGAAGUUUGGGUCUCAGACUCACUAUUCAGCCUACUAAAGACCAUUCGAGAUUUUUCAAACACCCCUGGUUUUGUGAGUUUUGUGCCCUUAACCCCGACAUUUUCGUUCAGCCAGGUACACCAUCAAAUAGAUCAAAAUGUCAAAUUAUAAUAAUACUGAAAAUCAAAGCAAUUUCGUUUCAGAUAUAUUUAUAUGUUUAGGGAAAUCAUUGAGAAUAAUUCCCCCAGAAUUUUGGACUUCCAUUUUUCGUUGUAGGGCGUCCUAGGUAUCAACUGUAUCAUCUAUUCUUUGUAGGUUCGUCAAGUGAGCUUGAAGACAGUUUUAGGGCAACAAGCCUAUCUUCUUUUUUACAUUAAAGACUACCACACACAGAAAGAGGUACCGUAUAUUUGCUGUGGAUUGUAUACUCAUUAGAGAUGCUUAUCAUAGCUUGUGAAUAUUAAUUUGGGACGGUCUUUUCUGUUGUUUUAGAAAACUGGUGCAACACAGCAGCCAGUAAGAACUGCGUGGACAAAUGGCACCAAAACAGAAGGAUUUAAUCCCCCAAAACAACACAUACCCAAAGUUAUCAGCGAACCAACAAAGAAACGUAUGUAAUCAUUAAAUUUAACGCUGUUGUACUAUGUUUAGAGGUGGCUAUAAGUAGGGAUGAGCCGAUUGAUCGGUAAAUAAUCGGCAAAGCCGAUUAAUCGGCCGUUUUUUAAAUAAUCGGUAAUCGGCCGAUUAUUGCCUGAUAAUCGGCACAUAAUCGGCCAUAAGACUUUUUCUGCAACUGCCGAGCACAUGCUAGAAUACUGAAUACAAGCGAAUAGAUUUUCACAUUUUGUUGCAAAACCUGUGUCUUUUGUCUCAAGCGAAGUGAAGCUGGGAACAUAUCCACUGAAAAACGCAGCAGAAUAGCUCCGCAUAGCUGACAAUAUCCUGUUUUCACACCAUAAUCUGCCAAAACUUAACUUUGACUAUUGACAUGCAAGAUUGAAGCUGUUUUUAAUUGUACAUAGUGUGUACUGUAAACAAUAAAACCGCAUUUACAACUUCAUUGUUGGUCAAUUUGUGAUUUUUCGCUUGCUUUUUAAAAUAAUCGGCGGAUACCGAUUAAUCGGCCGAUUAGUUACGAUAAUCGGCUUAUAAAUAAUCGGCCUCAGUAAUCGGCAAUUUUCCUUAUCGGCUCAUCCCUAGCUAUAAGGUUUGCCUAAACAGGCAUAUACUUCAUAGCCACAUACCGUGAAAAAGUUCGUCUUUUUCAUCCUACACAUGCAGGAAUCUCACAUCUUGUAGCAAGUCUGCCAACAAGUCGUCAACAAGUUGUGCUCGCACUGCUUGUCUCAAGUUGUCAACAAGUUUGGAACAACUUCAUGGAACAACCUUUUAACAAAUGGAACAACUUGUUAUCAGUUAACAACCUUGUUGAUAAUUAGCAGACUUGUUGUGAGGUUGUUCCAACACGUUACAACCUUGUGUCGUCAACCUUGUAACGUUCUUGUUAUAUCAUGACUGUAUCAGACCUGUUAGAACAACCUUGUAACAAGUCUGAUAAUGCCAUCAAGCUUGUUACAAGUUGUCAGCAGCUUGUUCCAAACUUGUUACAACAACUGGGAACAAGCAGUGCGAACACAACUUGUCGACAGCUUGUGAACAGAUUUUUAACAUCUUGUUUGCAGACCUGUAACAACUUGUGCGUUUUUACGUGUGUAUGUUAACAGCAUUAGAUGAACUAUUAUAGAUAAGAAAAAAGAGAUACUUUGUUGCUUACAGCUAGCGACCAUUAUGUAUAAUACCCUUUUGUAAAAUUUAUUUAGCGGGAAAACCGCCAGCUUCGCAAUUUCCUAAAAGGCCCAACCCUUCGUGGAAACCUCAAACUAACCCACAUCCAACAAGCAUACCACAACAGAGGGAGAAAAUAGCCUUCGCUUUAAACCACGGAACACAAGUGAAAAAACCGAACCCUCCUCAAACGGCUGAGAACAAAGAGUCUGAAACGAAGGUGGACAAGGCGGAGAGUUCAGAAACAAAGUCUCCACAAGAGUGUAACCAAGAAAGUCGAACAACUGUUGAACAGAGUGAGACCAUCGAUGAAAAACUACAAGUGAAUGAAGUCAGCAGCUCUGUAGAAGAAAACAAACAGCAGAAUACAAGUUUUGUGAAGGAGAAAAAUCAUGAAUAUAAACAAACAGGUACUGUUGUAAAAUCUUUUUGUUAUUUUGAUAAUAACUACUGUAUUACGGGAAAUGUAUUAGUGUAUAUAUCUGGCUUGCAGCGAUUAUAUAAUAUCAUAAUUUCAUCAGUCUUUCGCCUCAUUUGCAUGUAAGAAGAGUGCUUCCAGGUUUAACAGCAGAUUUUCUGUGUGACUCUAGUUUCCUCAUGCAGUAUUAGCUAGUAGAAUCACUCCAAUGUCGUUUGGUUUUAUUGUGUUAUCUAGACAUCGCAAAAGAAACGAAAAACACUCAGGAUCUUCACGCCACCUCAAAAUGGAAUGUCACUAAGAACGCGACACUACAUACGGGAUUGCUAUCCGGCUCUUCGUUCCCAGGGGGUAGGGAAAGGACCCCUUCCAUGAGCUCUGAGCUCAGUAACCCCGGCAGUGUGGCGAGCAAGACUGGGGAGUGGUCCGUUUUAGAUCGAAGUGCAACCCAAGAUAUGGGACCCAGGCUUCCUGAACGACAGCAUGCCGGGUGGGUCGUGUCUGAAACUCCCAAGAAGGAAACGACAACUGAAGAUAUUAAAAGAAAGUAAGUUUGGACUUUCGGAAAGUGGGGUGGUGUGGGUGGUGGUGGAGACUGGGGGCUGGUAAGGGCAUAUUGCAUACACUUAAUGCACAGGGUGGGGGUGAGGAUCUUGGAAGUUCCUGGGGAUGCAUGAACCUGUGAGGGCAAGAAAUUCGGAGGGAGCCCCAACAUUUCAUGAAUUCCAGUACAUUAUUUGGCCAUGAAUGUUCUGGAUUUCCAAGGUUUCCCUCGUGAAAAGGCAAAGUGAUUGAGUUUCGUGUCAUUUCAUUUCUAGCGAACAAACCACUGAGGAAACUGAGCAAACCGAAUCCCAGAAGAAACCCAAAAAGCGAAAACGCUCGAAAGAAAAGCGCGAAAAGAAGAAGACGAAAACAUCCGAAGAUGAAACGAAACUCCUAUCGGAUGAAUGUCGGGAAGAGUCGGAAGACGAGAGAGGGCGGGAGAAAAUGAAGCGUUUGAAAAAAUUAGAGAAAGCAAAAAAGCGAAAAAACGGAGAAGACUCGAACAGCGAAAAUGACAGACGGGAAAGAAGGAAAAAACACAAGAAAAAUAAAAAGAGGAAGAAGCAUAAACGAGAAAGAGAUCCAGAGGAGGAAUCUAGUUCGAAAAGCGAGCGAAGAAGUAGCGAGCGAAGCUUCUGUGACACAGAAGAGAACAGCCAGGAAUUAAACUCGAACCGGGAAAGUUUAUUGCCUUCGGAAAGCGAAAAAAAAUCUGAUAGUUUUGAAAAGAAAUUGAGCAAGACGAAAGAUAAAACCGACAAAAAACAUUCGGACUCUGAUAAGAUUAAGAGCGAAAAAACAGGCAACGAAAAAGUGAAUAGGGGCGCUAGCUUUGACGGGGACAUUAACAGGACGAAAUCCAAAGAACGAACAAGUCAAAGUUCUGAAAAUACCGAGAACGAUAGUUUUCAAAAUAAGUCAAAAAAGAAGAAUAAAACGAAUGGGCAUAGCACAGACGAGGAUGAAUUUCGUACAAAAUCGACGAAAAAACUAGAUGUUAGUGCGAAGUGUGUUGUUGAAAAGGGUAAAGAAUUAAUGGGGAAAGUUUUCGAAACUCGAAAGAAGGACAAAAGCGACAGGAAACGUCUGGUUCAAUAUUCUGAUGACUCCUCCGAGGAGCACGAUGAGGAUAGCAGAGGUGAAUCGAGGACGCAUGAUGAUACAUCUAGGGAUAAUAGGGGUGAAAAGGAUACAGGGAAGAGAGUGAAUUCUUGCAGUUCCCAUAAAGGUAAGAUUGAUUCUGUUGUGUUCACGAGCGGAUCUACCGUGGGGAUCGCACCCCACCUAGUGGUGUCUAACACCCCCCCCCCCAACCCCCAGAGAAGUCCAGCACCAUCAUAAAAAAUCUUGACAAUACAUUUUCUGCUUUUCGAAUAGCGAUUAUCGGAACUUCUACUGUUAGCGCGUGUCGAUUUCUUGAGACGAUUUAAUUGAUUUGUGAGCUCACGAGAACAUACUCAGAAUGCUUUAGUUAAAUUCAAUGGUUAAAUAUCAUGGUUAAAUACGUAAACAUGUCGAGGAUGUUAUACAGCCAUAUUUUUAAAUAUACUGUACUUUUACAAGCAAAUUGAAUGUACGUACUGUGCUACAGCAACUAUCCAGUCACGCAAACAAAAGAUAAUGUAAAACGUAACAGAACGGCGAACAUGCAGAUUCGGCAUCUCAGAUAAUGGUAAUGUUGGGAUAGCAGCGUGGCAGACUGCAGAGGAGAGUGGGCAGUAAGGCUCCCUCAUGCACCACCCCAUGGAAAAUCUGCACCCCUCUUUGCAGAUGAGGUAUGCGGUUUCCGAGUGCCCACUAAUUAUUAUUUGAUUUCCACAGAAAUAUCACGUAACAGCAAAGAAAGAAAAAGUGUUGUGGACACGUUGCUGGUCAACUCGCACAGUUCGUCAAACUAUGGUCGUACAGGUAAUGGUGGAAGAUUAUUAAAAAUUAUAUUAAAAACAGCAGAACGAAAAUUAGUUGAUCUUUAAUUAAAGGGGCCGGUCAUUAUUUAUGGCGGGGGGAGAGAAAAGGGUUGGGUAAACAAAAUUUUGAGUGAGUAAAAGGUUGGGUAAAUGAAAAACAAUACAACUCAAGGGCUGGGUAAUAAAAAUUUAUUGUCAUUUUCAAAGCAUGACUCACUCAAAUAUUGAAGACUAAAAAGCACUGUCAACAGCCAUAUGUCAAUACAAUAUGUAAAUCAAUCAAUCAAUCAAUCAGAGUCACUAUCUUGAUCAUUUUCCUAUUUCUCAGGAGGCAAAUGGUGUCUCCAAAGAAAGUACAUGUGCAGACAACAUGAAACUUUAGACAACAGAAAAUCACACAAGCAGUUAUCAAACUCAUGUCACAGAAGUGGUAAAGGACAUGUGUGACAACUGAAUAGUAUCCUUUUGUAACGUUUUUGGCCAGGGUGGAUAAUUACUUUUUAAUUGAUACUUGAGGUUGGGAAAAAAAUAAUUUUGACUUUUUAAUGGUUGGAUGAACAAAAUUUUUACCAAGAAAAACAUGAAAUGCAAAAGUGUAAAUGUACCCUGACUGGGGCGUUUGUAUUAAGUUUUUAAUAAGAAUACAAUAUAGCGCGUGGUUUGAGAUCUCAUCUUUUGCAUAAAUAUUUUCAGUCGAAAGAUGGGACGGUGAAAGAGAUGAGACUGCCGCAGUUAGGGAUAUCGAAGAAAACAAAAAAAGAAGACGGGAUAUCUAUGACGAAGAGUACGAUAGUGGGAAGGUUAGUGACACUGUAGGAUACUAGGGGUUCGUUCUCUAGCAAUCACUUCUAUUUUAUGUACUAUAUUAACGCGAGAGGUUUGGGCGAAACUGUUGAAGAAAAAACACAUUAAAGUUAUUUUUACUCAAUGUUGUUUUACAGGUAAAACGAACAAAAAGUAAAGAGAAGUUUCACAAUCACUCGUAUUAUGGACAAAAUUCGUUUCAAAAGGAAUACGACAGGAAGAGAAUACGAGUGAGUAUUGAAUGAAGCUUUCCCAGCGACUAUUUGCGUACUGAGAUUCAUAUUGGACAGUUCUAUUAGUCACAAGGUCUUCUCCCUUGAGUUCAGUAAGGAUCAGUGUUGUAACGAGACGAAUCAUUGAAAAAUGGCUCGUCUUGAGUCAGCAGCCCCAAAUGACUCAAAUUGACUCGGAUUCAACUUGUUGAUUUCUGCCGUAAAGCCGGUUACAGACGAACAAGUUUUCUAUGACAAGUUUUUAUGUGACAAGUUUUAUUUGCCAAGUGCACAUGUGUAUAUGCAACAAAUUUUAAAUGACAAGUUUUAUUUACUGGUGUGAACGUGUCAACAAGGCCAGCUGGCCAAUCACAUCAAAUGCUCAGAUUACUGUGACAAGUUUUCUUUGUUGACCAUACAGACGAACAAAAUUUGUACUUUGACAAUUUUUUCUUUGUCAUAGAAAAACUCAGUGUCAAAGUUGCGCGUACAGACGAGCAAAUAAAACUUGUCACACUUUAUUUUUUCAAGGGCUUGAAGAAAUAAAGAAUAAUUCUCCAUGCAGAUAUAUACGAUAGGCAUGUUUCCGCUUGUAGGGAAUUUUUUAGGGCAUUUUUGGUCACCAUACAAUUCGUGUAGCCAUUGACUCAACUCGAGUGAAGCCAUUGACUCGACUCGACCUGAUAGUGAAAUGACUCUACACGUGACCAUAGUCUAUCAAGAUAUGAUGGUCUGGAACACAGAAUAAAGAUCCAUACAAGUUUCUGUCCCCGCGCAUGUCGCAUUACGCAUGUUGACCGCCAUUUUCCUAGCCAGUCAAUGACAUUUUCUGGCCAUUAAACACGCUGUACUGGCUGGCUGCUCCGCCUUCUGGCCAGUAAACUGCAUAUUUUUGCAUAAAAAAACGAGGACACGUUGCACCGCUGAGUGGCCCUUCUGUUAUUGAUCUUUAUUCUGUAGUCUGGAAACUAAACAGAAGUGUUUGUUAUAUGUUUUCACGGUGAUUGAGCUCAUUGUAUUUUGGUAUAAUGAAGUAACCAUCCAAUGGAAGCAGCAAGUCUAGCUUGAAAGAGCAUCACAAAAUUAGUAAUAUUCCAAAGUUUCGUUGCGAAAUGUUGUAAAAUGCGGGCAAUAUAGCCCUGCGAAGUUUGCCGUUUUUCAGUCAUUUUGUAUUACGCACGGGACAGUUCAACAUGAAACAAAAGUCUUCUAUUUUGUGGCUUCGAAGUUUUACCGGGAUUCCAGACCAUCAUAUCAUAAUAGACUAUGUUGGGACUCGACCUUUGGUAAGGUAAGGAUCAUCUCGCUCCUUUCCGAAGCGCAAGCCCUGAAUCGAAACCCGAUCACAGUAUCUCAGUAGUGACCAGGAACACUGUACCACCAACAAAUCCGACAUGAAACAAUACUUCAGUCAAAGUAGUAUUUUUAUUUGGUGUUUUUUUUCAAACUAUUAGAGCGACGGUUGGUAUUCAUCCCCAUCCAAUGGUUGGCACAAGAGAAGCUACCACGAUCGUCACUCGCGGCGGGAUAGGAGAUGA